AUGAGGUCCGCCAAAAUUCUGUUGUUCGUUAGCGUGGAGGCUGCCAGUUUUGACAAUGACUGUUGUCAACUCGAACUGGAGAAGGCGCUGGUGAAGCGAACAGAUGUCGGGGACAUUGUUGCCGGCGUGAAAAACAUCACAAGCCAAGCGACAAUCUUAGUCAAAGAUAUCGAAGCCAUCGAUCCUACCGACGUUGUGUCAGCCGUUGCGGUCAACUCACAAGGCCAGGUGGUCCAAGCUGCGAUCAACACCAGUGUUGCACAGGCCGAUACAUUCAACGACAUAUCCUUGAAUGAGGGCGUGAAGCUGAUUCGACCGAUCCACGCUCUGGUGACUGUCGCUCUCGAAGUUAUCAAUGGCCUUACAAGUAGGAAAAGGUUUUUCGAAGACGUCCAACUUGCGCCCAUAGUUCUCGACGUCUUCAAAACCCUGAAUGCAACCGCUCGAGACUUCUCCGACACCGUAGUCGGCCAACUCCCGAAAAAUCUUAGGGCAAGCGCUGCAGCUUUAACGAAACCAGUGUUCGAGGGUCUCGAUGGAGCGAUAUCUUGCUUCGGGACGGAGGGAACUGGAAUGUGUUUCAAUGUCACCGAUCCUCUUGUGAACGCCACUGUUUUGACGAGCGGCGGAAAGCAGACGGCAUCGGCCUUCUAUAUGAUGUUGUCGGCGGUAGCCCUGGCCAUAGCGUUCGUAGUAUGA